CAUGAUCCGAGAUGGCAUAGGAAGAGGCUGAUGACAGUUUUUGACAACCAACCCUGCAAAAAUCCUCUUAAAGUGGAGUUAACUGUUAACAAUACAAAACAUGAAACACUGUGCUUGGAUGUUGUCUGGGAAAAGCAAACAAAAGUAGUAAGCAAAAUGGUUUGCAGAACAUUAAAAAAAAUGACCAAAGAAUAUCUAUGGAUUAAUUGUUAGCUUUAUUUUUGGCAUCUCUGCACUUGCUAGUCUGCCAUUAUUUCUGGCACAACUCUCCUUCAAAUCCCAUGAAAUCUUACUUGAUUUUACACUUAUUCUCAGAUGAUGCCCACUGAAGAUUGCAUUCUCUUUUUGUUUGCCAAAAUUUAACUGGCUUUGCAAACAUGCUGAAAUUCAUGUCUCAGUUUUUUUCCAAUUUCAAAAUAAAUUUUUGAUUUGAUGAUUUAUUUAUGAGAAUGGAAUGCAAAUUAUAAAUCUGUCUGCAUGUUCUUGUGUGUCUUUGCUAUCUUUGAGAUAGUUAUGGGGUCCAUUGGCCUGUUUUUACACUUGUUUCAGAUGAGGUAGAUAUGGCUCACAGUACCAGUGACAUUCACUCCAUCACCCUGUCUAUAGACUCCUCCUCAUCUUCUCAGACACCACUCAUGGGACAGAGAGGUCAGGCACCAGAGGAUAUCACAUUUGAAUCUCUCAAGAAGAUAAUCACUGAGGAUGAUGUAGAGAGGAAGAGGUCCCAGGAGAUGAAACAGAAGGCAAUCCUAGAGAAAUUUCAAACAGCUCCAUUUGAGCAAAUUGUGGCCAAGAUUGAUGCAGAAUCCAUGGUGUUCCAGAACAAGCUGAGUGAGAUCCUUACAACAAUAUCAGAUGAAAAUAAAGACAAUGCUCCUCAACACCAGACAACGGCAGUAUUUGAUAUGCAGUUCCCAGACUUGUAUGUGUACUGAGCAACACUUUUAUUAACUUACAAAUGAAGGAAGUUGCAUGUAAACUAAGGAGCGUGUAGGAACAAUGUUAAUGAAUGAAUUUAUUUAUCAAAAGGAAAUGUGUGCCAGCUUGUGUGGGGGAUGUAAAAAGAAAGAAAAUGUGCGGUUCUUAUAAUGAAAGGUUUGUAGAAUACCAGAAUGAUACUGUGUGUAGUAGAAGACUGAACAAUGAACAUUACUGUUUUAGAACUAUGGAUAUUGAAUAAGAAAAAAGAUCCUAGAAUGAUAAAUGUAAAGGUUUUGAAAAGUGAUACAGCUACUGAUGCUGAUUUUUUAGGAAGAAAUUAAGUGCAGAAAUAUCAUUCAUUAAUUUUCUUCUCUGUCUGCCAUUGGCAGAUGUUUAAUUUUCAGAUGUGCCUAAAGCUUUCAGGUUAUUCAUGAUAUUGGAGACUUUGCUGUUGCCUUAUGAUCCACUUCACUGUUAUCAUUACUGUAUGUACAGUACAGCACAAAUUUAUAGAAAGGUUUAAAACAUGC